UGCACUGUGCAGAGGCGGAAAACCUCCGGGAAAUUGACAAAAUCAGGACGCAGAUCAAAAUCCACAGACUGCGAAACCCCUCCUUUCUUUCUUUAUGCUUCUUUUAUGCUUUAUAGUCUAUUCCGAACGUCUUCCCUGUGAUCAAAAACAAGGCCUCAAAAAAAGAAAAAAAAAAAAGAGGCCUAGCAGAGGAUGGUUUCGAUCCAUCGACCUCUGGGUUAUGGGCCCAGCACGCUUCCGCUGCGCCACUCUGCUCUGCAAAAUAAAAACGUGAAGAACAUCGCCAGUACGAAUCAGAAAGGAGCAACCAGGAGUUUGUCGCCAUCUCCUAGUAGCUGCAGGAACACUAAUCACGUGUCAUGCGAGCUCCAAUCAUCAUUUACUGUUCUCCAAAAAGGAGCAACAGAUGAAGGAAUUUUCCUCUCCACUGGCUAUGGACCCCUCAUUCCUAUUAGCAUCUGCCGUGAGCCUUCUGCCCACACCAAGCAAGCGAGGAAAUUGCGACGGAGAGUUGGAAAGAUACCAGAGGAAAGAACCAAGAUGCCACGAACAAUGAGUAAGGGAGGCAUGAUAAAUGACAAGACGAGCUUAGCGUGCCUUCCUUUAUGGCAUCUUGGUUCUUUCCCCUGGUAUUUUCCCACCGCUCAGUCGCAGUUUCCACAUUCAGAUGGUGUUGGCAGAAGGCGCAAGAGAAUAAGGAGUCCGCAACCAGCUAAAAGGGCGAAGGGGCAGACAACUCAAGACAGCUGGGAUCACAGAACGCCUUCUUUAACAACGAAGAUCUCCCCUUCCUCAGUCCCAGUAGGACCUGGCGCUUCGGGGGCUCUUGGAAGGGACUUAAGCAUUUCUAAAUCCCAGGAGAGCACUUGGGGCGGGACGAGAGGGACAAAAACACAACACUGUGCAGUAUUCAGUCUAGAAACUGAGCCUGCAUGCAGUUUGGGAGCGGCUUCUGUCUCGUUAUACACGAGUAAUAUACUGGAAUCUCCAGGAGCAGAGUGAACACUGACUCACUCACUUGGCACCAACGUCUCAUUAGGAUGCCCUAGGGCACUGUACGAUCCGAAAGUCUCUGAAGGGCCGCUGCAGAAAAUCCAGCCCGGCGGAGCAGAAAUCUCGCAGGUAGAGAGAGGCAUAGCAGUCUCCUGCCUGCCUGUUUGGUGGGACCCGUUUAAGCGGGGUGCGGGCACCGAAGGAGGGUAGGGAAAGCUUCCAGGGUGACUGACUAGAAUUAAGAGAAUCUUCAUCAGCCCCCCAAACCUUGUAAGCUGGACUGGGGCAGGUGACACCCGACAGGGUCCAGGAAGGUGUUUAAAGGCCAGAAUGAACUGGCACCAAGGUUAAGAGGUGAAGGGGUGGAAUCCAACCAUUCAAUUCAACGAGCAUUUUACUAGGCAUUUUACGUGCUAGGUGUUAGGAGGAACUGAGAGCUCUAGGAGCAUGUUUUGUACUAGGAAGGAUGUUGUGGGGAGAGUGGAGGUUGCAGUAAGUAAAUCCAAUAUAAUUUGAGGAGGGAAGCAGCGCUAGCGACUCGCAGGAUCCCUAAAGACUUCCCAAAGGAGACGGCAUCGGAGAACACCUUUAAAGAAAGCAAGAAUAAAAACGAGAUGAAACGGAGUACCCCGCCCCUCCCAUCACCCCCUCCCCCCCCCACCCCGGUCUCCAGGGACUAAAGAACAUUUAAAAUUACGUGAAAUUAUCUGGAGUGAUGCUCGGAUGCUAUAUCAAUCCCCAAUCUCCUUACAGGCUUCCAGGUUUUAUAGUUUCACCUCCCGGACAAGAUAGAUUUAAAGGUAAGUUCUUUGAGCCGACAGAGUUCUGUGCAUAUAAAUACCCCAACCUCAUCUCCUCCCGCCUCCUCCUAGCUAGGAAAGAGUAAUAGAAUUCGAGAAAAAGGUAUCUUGGAUUAUAGAGGGCCCUUGGAAAUCAUUAUCUCUAAUUGAUUAUGCCCAGAGCAGCGUAGGUUAAUGGUGCACAGUUGCAGAAGAGGUUGCUUGGUGUUCUGGGGCCUGGAAUAUUCCAGGACCGAGCUUGAGGUUCUUCUGGACUGAUAAGAGGUGUUUUAUCGACUAAGACAACAUAUUGCUCCCUUCAAAAGGGUAAAUGGCAUGAUCAGUCACUCUCACUUCUAAAGUCUGUAACAGUGAAAAACACAGUGAUCUUUUUAAGUUGGAAAUAAA